UGGGCCCAGCAGGAGGAGCCCCAUGGAGCCUGGGGCCACAGGCCACAGGGGACAAGGGCCAGACACCCUGGUCAUGGCUCUAGGCCAUUGAUCCAGGCCGGGCUGGCCCGGUGGGGGUAGGGAGGCCUUGGCCUGGACAAACAAAGGCUCCUGAGGCCUGCGUGCAGGCCCAGCACCUAUCCGCCACUCCCAAAGUUUCCCCAGCCAUUAAACAGAGUCAGCAAAGCACGCACCCCAGGCUGUUGGAGGCUGCAGUGGAGUUCGCAGCGCCGCCCAGCGCAGGGCUGGCACAUGGAUGCCUGUGGCCAAGGCCCCCCAGGUGGCUGGUGGGCAGGGGGACGGAGGUGAUGGCGAGGAAGCGGAGCCGGAGGGGAUGUUCAAGGCCCGUGAGGACUCCAAGAGAAAAGCCCAGGGCUACCUCCGCCUGGCGCCCCUGUGGCUGACCCUGGUUGUGCUGACUUCGGUGGGGGUGCUACUCUGGUAUUUCCUAGGGUACAAGGCGGAGGUGACGGUCAGCCAGGUGUAUUCAGGCAGCCUGCGCGUGCUCAAUCGCCACUUCUCCCAGGAUCUUACCCGCCGGGAAUCCAGUGCCUUCCGCAGUGAAACCGCCAAAGCCCAGAAGAUGCUCAAGGAGCUCAUCGCCAGCACCCGCCUGGGAACUUAUUACAACUCCAGCUCCGUCUAUUCCUUUGGGGAGGGGCCGCUCACCUGCUUCUUCUGGUUCAUUCUCCAAAUCCCCGAGCACCGCCGGCCGAUGCUGAGCCCCGAGGUGGUGCAGGCACUGCUGGUAGAGGAGCUGCUGUCCACAGUCAACAGCUCGGCGGCCGUCCCCUACAGGGCCGAGUACGAAGUGGACCCCGAGGGCCUAGUGAUCCUAGAAGCCAGUGUGAAAGACAUAGCCGCACUGAAUUCCACGCUGGGUUGUUACCGCUACAGCUACGUGGGCCAAGGUCAGGUCCUCCGGCUGAAGGGACCCGACCACCUGGCCUCCAGCUGCCUGUGGCACCUGCAGGGCCCCGAAGACCUCAUGCUCAAACUCCGGCUGGAGUGGACGCUGGCCGAGUGCCGGGACCGACUGGCCAUGUAUGACGUGGCUGGGCCCCUGGAGAAGAGGCUCAUCACCUCGGUGUACGGCUGCAGCCGCCAGGAGCCUGUGGUGGAGGUCCUGGCAUCGGGGGCCAUCAUGGCGGUGGUCUGGAAGAAGGGCCUGCACAGCUACUACGACCCCUUUAUGCUCUCCGUGCAGCCGGUGGUCUUCCAGGCCUGUGAGGUGAACCUGACGCUGGAUGACAGGCUGGACUCCCAGGGCGUCCUCAGCACCCCGUACUUCCCCAGCUACUACUCGCCCCGAACCCACUGCUCCUGGCACCUCACGGUGCCCUCUCUGGACUACGGCUUGGCCCUCUGGUUUGACGCCUAUGCACUGCGGAGGCAGAAGUAUGAUUUGCCGUGCACCCAGGGCCAGUGGACAAUCCAGAACAGGAGGCUGUGUGGCCUGCGCAUCCUGCAACCUUACGCCGAGAGGAUCCCCGUGGUGGCCACAGCCGGCAUCACCAUCAAUUUCACCUCCCAGAUCUCCCUCACAGGGCCUGGUGUGCGGGUGCACUAUGGCUUGUACAACCAGUCGGACCCCUGCCCUGGAGAGUUCCUCUGCUCUGUGAACGGACUCUGCGUCCCUGCCUGUGAUGGGGUCAAGGACUGCCCCAACGGCCUGGAUGAGAGAAAUUGCGUUUGCAGAGCCACAUUCCAGUGCCAAGAGGACAGCACGUGCAUCUCACUGCUUAAGGUCUGUGACGGGCAGCCUGACUGUCUCAACGGCAGCGAUGAAGAGCAGUGCCAGGAAGGGGUGCCCUGCGGGACAUUCACCUUCCAGUGUGAGGACCAGAGCUGUGUGAAGAAGCCCAACCCACAGUGUGAUGGGCGGCCCGACUGCAGAGACGGCUCAGACGAGCAGCACUGUGACUGUGGCCUCCAGGGCCCCUCCAGUCGCAUUGUUGGUGGGGCCGUGUCCUCCGAGGGUGAGUGGCCAUGGCAGGCCAGCCUCCAGGUUCGGGGUCAACACAUCUGUGGGGGCGCCCUCAUCGCUGACCGCUGGGUGAUAACAGCUGCCCAUUGCUUCCAGGAGGACAGCAUGGCCUCCCCGGCGCUGUGGACGGUGUUCCUGGGCAAGGUGUGGCAGAACUCGCGCUGGCCUGGAGAGGUGUCCUUCAAGGUGAGCCGCCUGCUCCUGCACCCGUAUCACGAAGAGGACAGCCACGACUACGACGUGGCGCUGUUGCAGCUCGACCACCCGGUGGUGCGCUCGGCCGCCGUGCGUCCCGUCUGCCUGCCCGCGCGCUCCCACUUCUUCGAACCCGGCCUGCACUGCUGGAUCACGGGCUGGGGCGCCCUGCGCGAAGGCGGCCCCACCAGCAAUGCUCUGCAGAAAGUGGACGUGCAGUUGAUCCCACAGGACCUGUGCAGCGAGGCCUAUCGCUACCAGGUGACGCCACGCAUGCUGUGUGCCGGCUACCGCAAGGGCAAGAAGGAUGCCUGCCAGGGUGACUCGGGUGGUCCGCUGGUAUGCAAGGCACUCAGUGGCCGCUGGUUCCUGGCAGGGCUGGUCAGCUGGGGCCUGGGCUGUGGCCGGCCUAACUACUUCGGUGUCUACACCCGCGUCACAGGUGUGAUCGGCUGGAUCCAGCAAGUGGUGACCUGAGGGACUGCCCCCCUGCAGAGCAGGUCCCACCUCCUGGACUCAGAGAGCCCAGGGCAAUUGCCAAGCAGGGGGACAAGUAUUCUGGGGCGGGGGGUCGCGAGCGGGCCCUGUGGUGGCAGGAGGUAGCAUCUUGUCUUGUCCCUGAUGUCUGCUCCAGUGAUGGCAGGAGGAUGGAGGAGUGCCAGCAGCUGGGGGGUCAAGACGUCCCCUGGGGACCCAGGCCCACACCCAGCCCUUCUGCCUCCCGAUUCUCUCUCCUCUGUCCCCUUCCUCCACUGCUGCCUAUUGCAAGGAAGUGGCUCAGCAGCAAGAAUGCUGGCUCUACGUCCCCAGGAGUGUCUGAGCUGUGCCCCACUCUGUACAGAGGCUGCUUGGGCAGCCUUGCCUCCAGAAAGCAGAUGCCAGCUUCGGAAGCCCCUGGUCUAACUUGGGAUCUGGGAAUGGAAGGUGCCCCCAUAGGAGGGGACCCUCACAGCCCUGGGGACUGCCAGGUGGGCCGGCUGCCACCGUAAGCCAAAAAAGGUGGGGAAGCCCUGACUCCAAGGUCCUUGCCCCACCCCUGCCUGCCACCUGGCCCCUCACAGCCCAGACCCUCACCAGCAGGUGAGCUCAGCUGCCCUUUGGAAUAAAGCUGCCUGAUCCAA